GGUUGCGUCAUUUUCAUUUGGGCUGCGCAACGUGGUUUUGUAGCGAAGCAUAUGCGUUUUUGGCGUUGUCUACAUGCUAGAAGUAUUAUAUAGUUGUUUACAUGAGACAGUAAACAUAAGUUGAGCGUAUAUUUUCAAGUACCACAAAAUUAGCAAUGAGUCCUGCUGCCCAAGAGAGCACCGCGGCGCUACCUGGAGCAGCAGAGUGUCCCAGUCGGUCUCUCCCGGACACAGGUCUUCGGCGGCUUUUCAGUCUCGUCAAAUACGAGAACCUAGUGGCCGGGCUAAGUGGUGGGGUUGUUUCUACAUUGGUGCUUCAUCCGCUAGACCUCGUUAAAAUCAGAUUUGCAGUAAGCGAUGGACUGGAGUUGAGGCCCAAGUACAAUGGAAUAUUUCACUGUAUGAGAAGCGUAUGGAAACAGGAGGGUCUUCGGGGCCUUUAUCAAGGGGUAACGCCCAACGUCUGGGGAGCUGGAGCAUCCUGGGGACUCUACUUUUUCUUCUAUAAUGCAAUCAAGGCAUAUAAGCAAGAGGGCCAGCAGUCUGAACUCACUGCUACUCAGCACCUGGUGUCUGCUGCUCAGGCAGGUGCCUUAACACUCUUCUUAACAAACCCAAUAUGGGUAACAAAGACUCGACUAGUUCUGCAGUAUGAUGCAGGAAUUGACCCCUCGAAAAGGCAAUACAGGGGCAUGUUGGAUGCUCUUGUAAAGAUAUACCGCCAUGAGGGUGUACCAGGAUUAUACCGGGGCUUCGUACCAGGUUUGUUGGGUACAUCACAUGGUGCACUUCAGUUUAUGGCUUACGAGGAGCUGAAAAGGGAAUACAACAAGUACAGGAGCCUGCCAUCAGAGACUAAAUUGAAUCCUUUAGAAUACAUAAGUAUGGCAGCGGUGUCCAAAAUAUUUGCUGCUUCUGCAACAUAUCCAUAUCAGGUAAUACGGGCCCGUUUACAAGACCAGCAUAACAAGUACUCCGGAGUGAUGGAUGUGGUGAGAAGAACAUGGAGGAAUGAAGGUGUUCAUGGAUUUUACAAAGGAGUGGUACCUAAUGUUAUCAGAGUGACUCCUGCCUGCUGUAUUACAUUUCUAGUAUAUGAAAAUGUGUCACGUUUUUUGCUACACAAGUAAACCAGGGAGAUUACUAAGAGGAAUUCAGAUAAGAGACAUUGGCAAUGUUGUUGCCCUGCUGUGACACAAAACCUGGGCACAGGUAAAGCGCCGUAGAGGUUGUUAUCAUGUACAUAUCAUGGUACCACAGAAGUAGAGGGAACAGUGUCAUGGCAACAGGCUUCUUCAACUAAUUGUGGAUCUGCAAGGAUUUCUCUCAGAAUAUAGCUGAUGCACAAGUCAGUCCUUCAGGUUUGAAUGGCAUGUUGUUGUUUAUUGGUGUGUGUGUGUGUAUGUGUUUUAAAAUGUCUUUACAGUUUUAUCCCCUUAACGUCAGAGCUAAAUGCAAAAACCGUACAGCCUUGUUUAUGUAGGGGAGGAGACUGGGUCCCCACCAGGUUAUGCAGUGCCUGUUCCUGGCUCCAUACAUGGUUUUUGACUCCCCAGUCUGGUCACGCAUCCCCCAUUGCGCUACCAAAUUACAUUUAGCAACAAGUGAUUUCUUUGAAGAUUCUGUGUUUAAGAGCUUUGGUUUAUUUCAAACUGGAAAUUAAUUUCAUCAAUAUUCAUUGGUGUGUUAAGAAUGUGGCCUUUUUACCUGUGUGUGAUUAAAUCAAACUGAUACUUUUACAUGGUUGUGUAAAACUGACUGGGACCUGUUUUGUGAAGCAAGUGCUAAGUCAAAUCUAGUAAGAAACUACCAGUACUUGGAACACGUUUAUAGCUAGAGUAUUCCUCGGAAGAUUAGCUCAGCACUUAAUUUAAAAUAGGACCUCUUAUGUCUUCCAGCUGAUGCAGAUUUGUUUAUUAUAUUUGUUUAUUUUUAUAUUUUUAAUUAUUACUGUGAUGCACAUUUCUUGUAAAAUACAAUCUUUAUGUUGAUAACUGUAUUAUCUCCUUCUGAUAACAAAAAAUAACCCAGGCAAUGCUUGCAGUGUCAUUCUUUUCUAAUUUUUCAGAUUUUAGCCUUAUCAGGCUGCAUUUUUUUGAUGGGGUGCUGGUGUGUUUAGGGUAUAGUUAUAUAAUACCAAAAAACAAUUAUAGCCUACUGUGCAAAUUGCAGUCUGGAAACCAAGCUGCUUCAUAAAGACAUGUUCAUAAUAUUUAUGUGAAAUAUUCAGGUGACUGUUGAUG